GAAGGAGCUCUGCAUGAUUACAGAUUCUUACUUGCGAGGUGAAAAGGUUGUAACUGAAUUCUCGUACCAAAUAGAGCAAACAUUUAACAAAAAUGGCUCACGCACCACAGGAAGGACAGCGAAAAGUGCUUAUUGGCAUCGAUGGCAGUGAAGCUGCAGAAAAUGCCUUUAAUUGGUAUUUGAACAAUUUGAAGCAGCCUAACGAUUAUGUGUAUGGCAUCACUGUUCCUGAGUACAAUUUUGCGGGUGUAACUGUAAUAAAAAUGGUGGGACCCCUGGCCGACCCCCAGGCCCUACAGGAUGACUUCAUCACCCAACACAAAGUUGUAGAGAAACUGUGUUCUGACUUCACUGCUAAGCUGCGGCAAGCAGGGGUGAAGGGUCAGGCGGACGAACAGUCCGGCGAUAAACCUGGACCCACACUUGUCGAAAUGGCAGAGAAACUUGGAGUUGACUGUGUGAUCAUGGGCACACGUGGGCUCAGCAAGCUCAAAAAGCUGCUCAUGGGCUCCGUCAGCAGCUACGUAGUGCAGCACUGCAACGUGCCCGUCUCCGUCAUCCCGCUAAAAAAGAAGGAUUAAUGCACAACUGGUGAUGGUUAUUACUGAUGUUGAGAUAAUGUUACACAAAGUCAUCUACACAGAAAAGAAUACUUCAAGCUGAGAGAUAACUAAUGUUUUGUAUUUGUUAUUGUGUUUUGACGCAAUGUAGCAAUAGAUUUAUGGAUUAUAAAAAAUAAAAUUCAUAAAAUGAAAAACAAAAUGUCUUUGUAAAAAAAUCUUGUUAGUGUGAUGUAUGAAAAAUAUAAUUCAUUAAAUGAUAAACUAAGUGUUAAAAAAAAUAUUGUGAGUGUUUAGUGUGAUGUAUUCAUUGUGCUGGACUGGUAUCUUGUAUUUUGAUAUCUCUAAAAUUUCUGUCAAUGUAGAAGUUCAAGAAGUUUGUUACUGAUGGUGAAUUUAGGUUAUACAUGUAUUUAUAGAUUUAUUCUUUUAUAUCAUACAUUACCUUUUACCACUGUUACCAUGGUUAUAUACUUGUUAUAAUUAUAUUAUGUUUUAGAUAAAGGUAAUCUCUUUGUUAAUAUUUUACUUUGUAUACAACUACUGGUAAAACACCAUAUAACAUCAUAAGAAUGCCGGAAGAUGUUCCAUUUUUCCCGGUCAUAUCAGAUUUAAAAUUUCAGGUCACAUGGCUUAUGUCAACAAGUAAAAUUGUCCAGCUUUGUUGUCUUAUUUUCUUGGUUAAGGUGUUUUAGCUCAUUUGAAUAUCUACACGUUUACAAACAAGGACCAACUACAAAUCUUUGAUAAAUAUUGUGUUAAUGUUAUUAUUUGAUAGGUCAAGCAUGUCCAUUUUGUAUGUUAGGUUCAUAGUUAACUUUCAUUGACAUCUUUUAGAUUUACACAUGAAUCUCUCCAUUUUAAGUUUCCAUAAUAGUAAAAUGCAAUAUUUUUUCAUGUUAAGAUGUAACGUUUUUCUUGUAAUGUUUCUUUGUACCAUUCAGCAAGAAUGAUAAAGAUUUGUUUUCUGUAAAAGAACUCAAUGGAGAUAUUAUCAGGCUGUUUCAGUUGAAAACAUAGGUGAUUGGGGUCCAAAUCAAAAGAUUUGUUUUUUUAUACCGGUAAUCCAGAUAUUUCUCAUUAUUAUAAAGUUUUUUUGGUGUUAUUAAGUCUUAUUACGUAAUUUGUGAAUGCUCAAUAAUUCGUGCAAAUGAUGCUUGUGUGUUUUAUCAUUACACAAGUACUUUGUACGUUUGGGUUGUUUUAGUUGAAUGGUGCAUUUUUAUCAAUGUUUCUGCAAAAACUGUCAGGUUCUUGGGAACCUUGAUGAAGGAAAAUACCCACUACCCAAGGUCUACAUCCAGCAACUUUAUUGUUUAUACUUCUGCAUAACACUGAUGAGAUUCGAAUGAACCGAGUGACAAAUUUAAGAAAUGGUUUCUUUAAUCCAUUGAUUAUAAAGAGAAAUUAAUGUAAUUUUGUCUUCCUAGAAAAUCUGCUAAGCUUAUUUUGUUCAGAAUCUUCACAUUCAAAUGUCUAACUAAAAUUCAGGAAUACCUCAAAUUUCUUCUAUGUUCUCAUGUAUCAUUCCAUCCGUUGGUUUUGUCUUCAUUUCAAUUGUUAUCACACUUGUUUCUCUUAUAGUUGUGUACAUUUUGUAAUAGAACAUCAGGUAUCACAGUUUCUUAGGCUUUUCAAUUGUUGAAACACUACCGUAUAUACACCCUUCGUUAAGUAUUUUGGCAUGCAGAUAGUAUAUCACAUUCAUCACCUUUUUUUAUGUACAACAAAAAUAGUCGGAAUUUAUACUGCUUUUACAUGUGAAACUUAAUGUAAUAUUUGUGCAAGUAAGUGAAGAAACUUUGUGUUGACCCAUAUUAAAUUUAUUUUCAUUUGAUGAAAAUCUUGUUUUGUAAAAAAUUAGUCAAUCUGUGAAAUUUACUUCAAACUUGAAUUUGACUUUGUACAAUAAAAUAUUCAUCCAUGUAGCCUAGAAUAAACAGAAAAAGUA